AGAAAGGGAAAAACAAGAAUCGAGUGUCCAUCUUGCAAUUAUAUCAUAGAAUCAUAGAGAUGGAAGACACCUCGCAGGCCAUCCAGUCCAACUCCCUGGCAAAAGGCGGGAAAAUCGCAUUCAAAGCACAUAACACUAUCAAAAUGGAGGAUGAAGAUUAUAAAUGUAUUGAAUCUGGAGAGGGCUUUAGUCAGCAUGGACAUCUGAAGACACAUCAAAGGACUCGCACUGGGGAGAAACCCUAUAACUGCUUGGAAUGUGGGCAGAGUUUCACUCAGAGGCGAAAUCUACAGUCCCAUGAAAGGUUGCACACGGGGGAGAAACCCUAUAAAUGCCUGGAAUGCGGACAUGGCUUCACUAGAAGUGGACAUUUACUUUCACAUCAAAGGACUCACACUGGGGAGAAGCCUUAUAAAUGCCUGGAGUGUGGACAGAGCUUCACUGACGGAAAAAAUCUACGUAGCCACCAAAGGACUCACACUGGGGAGAAACCUUAUAAAUGCCUGGAGUGUGGAAAGAGCUUCACUCAGAGUGGCGGUCUACGUACACAUGAAAGGACUCACACUGGGGAGAAACCCUAUAAGUGUAUGGAGUGUGGAAUGUGUUUCACUGAGAGUGGAAGUCUACAUACACAUCAAAGAACACACACUGGGGAGAAACCCUAUGCAUGCCUGGAGUGUGGAAUGAGCUUCACUCAGAAGGGACAGCUACGUUCACAUCAGAGGACUCACACUGGAGAAAAACCCUACACAUGCCUGGAGUGUGGAAAGAGCUUCAUUGAGGGUGGAAGCCUGCGUUCACAUCAAAGGACUCACUCUGGGGAGAAGCCAUAUAAAUGCCUGGAGUGUGGAAUAAGCUUCGCCCAGAAGGGAAAUCUACAUUCACAUCUAAGGAGUCACACUGGAGAGAAACCCUAUAAAUGCCUGGAGUGUGGACAGAGCUUCUCUCAGAGUGGAGACCUACGUACCCAUCAAAGGACUCACACUGGCGAGAAACCCUAUAAAUGCCUUGAAUGUGGACAGAGCUUUACUAGGAGCGGGUAUCUCCUUUCACAUAAAAGGACUCACACUGGGGAGAAACCUUAUGAAUGCCUGAAGUGUGGACAGAGCUUCAGUCAUAGUGGAAGCCUACGUUCACAUCAAAGGACUCACACUGGAGAGAAACCCUAUAAAUGUCUGGAAUGUGGACAGAACUUCACUCAGAGUGGAGCUCUACGUUCACAUCAAAGGACUCACACUGGGGAGAAACCCUAUAAAUGCCUGGAAUGUGGACAGAGCUUCAGUUAUAGUGGAAGCCUACGUUCACAUCAAAGGACUCACACUGGAGAGAAACCCUAU